CUUAGACUAACUGAGGCUUCAAGACGGCCCCAGGCUCCCUGUCUAGUUUUUGUGCCCAAGUACCUGUAUAAACCAAAUAUGUCUAAAGUCGAAACGAGGCGACACCUGUACACCUACUUCAAGCGCUUUUUUGACAUUGAGGGGACAGAGUUGAAACGGUAAAACAUGACAAUGACUUCAAUAUCCAGAAAGACCUGCCGACUCCUUGGUUGCUGUCAUUUACUGAAGCAGGAGAAAACGAUCACACACAACAGUCCUUUAUCAUUUACACAGAGAAGGCUGAGGCACCAGGGGUGGGGAGAGGUGAGGGAGGAAAAACAGGUGCCCCAGAAGUCACGCCUUACCCAGAAGUCCUCACCCCAAGACAACCUGCUGCUGCAACUACUGAACCUCAACAAACAAAUGGUGAACAACAAGGACCCAUUCUACGUAAUGGACCACUUCAUGAACAACAUUUUAUACGAGGAUGAAAAUAUGGUUGCCUUCAACAAACCGAUGGGAUUGCCACUGACAUAUAACCCUCCAAAGAGUCUGAGGAACUCUGAUCUGACAGAACCUGUGGUAAACUUAGACGGGCUGCUACCGGAGCUGGCGAAGCGUCUGUUCUGUUCCAAACUCUACGUGUCUCUCCCCGUGGACAGGAUGUGUAGUGGUGUCAUUAUUCUAACAAAGUCUGAGGAGUACAACCAAUACCUGCGGAAAAGAUUUUUCAGCUUAAAAGUGACGGAUCAGCUUCCCUAUCAACACUGGGAUGUCUUGUGUGUGGGAAUUCCUGACAAGCUUUCAAAAGAAAAGGAGAAGCUUUACUAUAGCAAGGAGAAGUAUAAAGACAUUUACCUGCCACAGACAGUUUUCUGUAAGCCCAGUAAAAACGACCGGAAGAAAGGCCAGGUAUACAGCACGACCUUGUGUGGGGAGGUCAUCGGGAGGAAUGAGGAGAAGGGGGCCAGAAGUAGUCAUGUCAGGAUCUCAGUCACCUCUGCAACAAACCACGUGAUCCCAGCCUACCUCAGUGAGCGGUUCGCCCCGGUGUUGGGGGACCAGGAGUAUUUCUGGAGGGCCGUUACGGUGGGGAGACAGAAUAUCAUGAUAUUAAAACAAAUCCCAUCUGCAGGUAUCCCCAGGCCUCAGGAGCUGUCAAAGGGAAUCCUACAGAAUCUAGAAAUCAAUCAGGGCCAUGUACAGAACCUGCCCCCAUUUCUCCACAGGUCCGCAGUCGACAUAGUCCAUCUAAAAAAGGCCAAGAAGGAGCCGUUCACAAUACAGACGCCAUUACCAGACUUCUUCCUUGUUACUAAAUAAGUGAGAGACCAACGGUCCAGGACAGAAUUUUCUGAAAGGUUCAGUUAUGUCAGCAAAAAAGCUGGUCCUUCAAAGGAAGAGAGAAACUCUGAUAAAGUUAACACUGAGGGAUGGGAAGGAAAUUUAACUGAACGGAAUGAAAAGAUUCUUGAAUAAAAUUUGUUU